AUGCCACCUUGUCCUCCUGGCUCUGUGUUCAGCUCCAGCUCCAACGUUUGUGUUCCUAAAGGUUCUAUUUACGAUGACUGCAAGAAAACAACAGAUGGUAGCGGUGGCCACAUGACCGCAUUGCCCGAUCAAGGGCAUCUUAGCCCAGAGGAACGAUGUGACUUAGAUGGUGGCGUGUUCCACCACCCAACCGAAUGCCAAGCCUUCUACAACUGUAGUGUUCGUUUCACACCGAUACCCCGAUUCUUUGAACAACAUCUUGUUGAAUGUCCUUACCCCCAGCUGUUCAACACAGAGACCAAACAAUGUGACCAUUUUGAGAAUGUCAAAUGUGGAACCAGGACGGAAUUUAAGGAUGGCUGUCAAUACAAAAGCAAUAUGUGCCGAACUUCCCAUUGUAUGCCUUGUAACGUCAGACUACCAAGCUGUGAAGGUAAACGUGACGGAAUAAACGUUCACCCAGUCAGACUAUGGACCCCAUUCUACGCCGUAUGUUACAAGGAGCGCACAGUCAAGCAGGACCGAUGCCAAGAUGACGUAGACGGCCGAGCACAGUUGUUCCAUCCGGAAAAGAACGAAUGCGUUUCAUUGGAUAUGAUUCCUCGAGAACAUGGAGGAAUAAUGCCCGAGUGCGGUACGAAAGUAGACGGGUUUUAUCUGGACGAUUUCGGACGAUGUGAUCGUUACAUUCAUUGCCAGGGCAGGAAAUACAUUGGGACUAUCAAAUGUGCUGUUGGAGAGGUGUUCGAUGAUACGAAAGGCGGAUGCGUUCCGGAAGAAAAAGCGUGUGGACCCUGUGGGAAACUCGACCAUUGCUAAAAAAGUUGCUUGCAUGAUGGUCGUGGUGAGAAUUAUAUAAAGAAGUACGAAGUCAGGAAUCGCCAAGACCAUCA